GUUUGAACGGGAGUGGGGCGGGUUGCGUGUCUGGUGGGGCUUGGCUGACUGCGGGGUGAGGCAGACCCCGAGUGAGGCAGAGCGGGCGCUGCCGAUAGAGCUUCCCCCCCACGCAGGCGACCAUGGCCGUCGGAAGCCAGUAUGCGGAAUCGCCGGGUCUCUGGGAUCGGAGUCCAGCCGGACGGCGGCGCUGGGCUGAUGGAAGACGCCCGGAGGAAGAUGCCGCCGGCGAGGAUAGCCCCACCGUGCUGACUCUCAGCCACUUCUCCCGGCCUCCCUUCCUCUCCUUCGGCGCCGUCCGCGUCGGCACCUCGCGUACUCGUCACCUGGCUCUGGAGAACCCCAAUGCGGAGCCUGUCCGUGUGGCCGUGUGCCGCCCUCCGCCGGCCUCGAAAGGCUUCGCCGUGCAGCAGCAGCAGCAGCGCCCUUGCCUCCUUCUCCAGUCUAGAGAGAGAAUAUCCAUUUCAAUCACGUGGACACCUCUGGAAAGUGGCAGAGUACGAGAACUCAUAACCUUUGUUGUAAAUGACAUUGUUAAGCUUCAAGCAAUUUUGCUGGGCACUGCUGAGCAACCUAUGAAGAAAAAGAGGAGUCUUUGGGAUACUAUUAAAAAGAGAACCCCUGCACAACCAUCACGAUGUAAGAAAAGACUGCCAAACAUUAAAUACGUUAAUGCAACUUCUCGGAUUUCUGAAAAACCAGAUGGAGCUAGAAAUCCUCUCCAGUCCUGUGAAAACUUAGAAGCAAGUGGGGAUUCCCAGAUCAUCUUAGAAAACAAGUUUCCUCUGUCUCCUAUUAGCCCCAUUCUUCAAGAAAACCCAAAUGUCACUUGCACCCCUUUCUCAGUAAGAGGAUCAGCGACAUAUUUAGUUUGUGAUACGGCUGUGUGUGAGGUGUUACAGGAUAUAAAAGAAUCUCAUACUUCUGUGCAGUUGUGUGAUUAUCUUAUGGAACCACAGUUGAAAAGUGCAGUUCAAAAAACUGGCUCAGAGGAAACAAGGAGUUCAAAUUCAGUUUGCACUCCAAUACAAAUAAUGCACAUUCCUUCAAAUCAUAGGAAAAUCUUAAGCCCUGAUGCUUUUGUAAAUAACAGCUAUGAACUUAUUGAGGAACCUGUUACAGCCCAAACAAUGCAAAUUCUUUCACCUGACCAGUUCUUAAAAGAGAAUCAAAUAGCUGUUCAGCCAAGUUCACAAAUACAUAAAUUUGUGUCCUCUUCAGAUGUGGAAUCUUCUGCUUCAAAGACUGCUUUUCCAAAAUGGAAGGAAUCACAGCAACUUGUGACUUUUUCUGUGAAACCACAGCUUCCCAAGCAAGUUCUCAGUUGCAUGCAUGGCAGGGAGCUUGCAACGUUUCAGUGCAAGGAAUUGGAACAAAAUGUCAGGUUUCCUGCUGCCACAGAUAAACGGACUUGCUGCUUCCAAACAGAACGGCCCAAGAAACGCCCUGUGCUCUCCAGUACUGUUAUCAAAUGUAAGCCAGAUCCAGUUAAAGGAAAGGGAACAGAGAAAGUAAAAUCAAGAUCUAGAAAAUGUCUUUCUAAUGCAAUUCAGCAAUGUGUGGAUGAUGAUCCUGACAAUAGAAAAGUGGAAAUGUUGCCAAAUCUUCCAGUUAUAGAAUCCUUCCCAGGUGAGGCUAAUUAUCACAAAGCAAAAAAUGUGUGUGCUUCUUCGGGAUCAAGUUCACGGAGUCGCAAAAGAAAAAAUGGAGAUUAUUUAGAGGAUGUUCAUAAUGAAAGUGAUGAGUACGUGGAUAAGUUGGAAACAAAAAAAAUCCUGAUGUCCUGUGUAGAAAAUGAACAACCGGAUCCUCUGAAAGCAUCGAUUUCCAAAUCUGCAAACAGAAAGAAGCAAAGUCAGAAAAAGAGACCCGGUUUCUUAACUCAGAAAUUGAAGACUACUCCAAGGAGAAAUAACCAUAUAGUUCCUGUUGCACAAUCUCAUCUGACCUUUGUGAAGCCUUUAAAAGCAGUUAUUCCUAGGCAUCCAAUGCCUUUUGUGGCCAAGAACAUGUUUUAUGAUGAGCGUUGGAAAGAGAAACAGCAACGAGGUUUUACUUGGUGGCUAAAUUUUGUACUUACUCCUGAUGCUUUUACUGUGAAGACUGAAGCUUCGCAAGUCAAUGCAGCAUCCCUUAUCUUGGGCACAGAAUCUCAUCACAAAUUCAGUGUUCUCAAAGCACCAACAAAAGAAGAGGUGUCCUUAAGAGCAUAUACAGCUCGCUGCAAAUUGAACAAACUUCGUCGCUCAGCUUGCCGUUUGUUUACCUGUGAUGAGAUGGUCAAAGCAAUAAAAAGGCUGGAGACUGAAAUUGAAGCAAGACGCUUGCUAGUUCGGAAGGACAGACAUCUGUGGAAGGACAUUGGAGAGCGACAGAAAAUCCUCAACUGGCUCUUAUGCUAUAAUCCACUGUGGCUGCGCAUAGGUCUGGAAGCCAUCUAUGGAGAACUGAUUGCCUUGGAGAGUAACAGUGAUGUGAUGGGUUUGGCAAUGUUUAUACUCAAUCGGUUGUUGUGGAAUCCAGAUAUUGCAGCAGAAUACAGGCACCCAACUGUGCCUCACCUUUAUCAAGAAGGUCAUGAAGAUGCACUGUCUAGAUUUACGCUGAAAAAACUUCUGCUGCUGGUUUGCUUUCUUGAUCGUGCCAAAUUGUCUAGAAUUAUUGAACAUGAUCCUUGCCUCUUCUGCAAAAAUGCAGAAUUCAAGUCUAGUAAAGAGAUAUUACUGGCAUUUUCCCGAGACUUUCUAAGUGGAGAAGGCGAUCUUUCUCGCCAUCUUGGUUUUCUGGGCUUUCCAGUUAAUCAUGUGCAGACUCCACUUGAUGAGUUUGACUUCGCUGUAACAAAUCUAGCCACAGAUUUGCAGUGUGGCAUUCGUCUUGUGAGAGCUGUGGAACUUCUGUCAAGAAACUUGAACCUUUCAAAAAAGUUAAGAGUUCCUGCAAUAAGCAGACUCCAGAAGAUGCAUAAUGUGAAAAUUGCCUUUCAAGUACUAGAAGACCAUGGGAUUCAGUUGAAAGAUGAAAACGGUGGAACAAUUGAAGCUAAAGAUAUCGUCGACCGGCAUAGAGAGAAAACCCUUGCAUUGCUGUGGAAAAUGGUGUUUGCUUUUCAGGUGGAUAUUUCCCUUGAUACAGAUCAGCUAAAAGAGGAAAUUAACUUCUUAAAGACCAGACAUGCCACAAAAGCGAAGAUGUCCGCUUCAGAAUCUCCCGUUAACAGCAAAGUGAGAAAAGACAGCGGUAGCUUUUGCUCAUCUUUAAACUACGGUGAAAAUGUAAAGCUGUUGAUGGACUGGGUGAAUGCUGUCUGUGCAUUUUAUAAUAUUAAGGUAGAAAACUUCACAGUAUCAUUCUCAGAUGGAAGAGUAUUAUGUUGUUUGAUUCAUCACUAUCAUCCAUGCUAUGUGCCUUUGGAAGCCAUAAGCCAAUACACUACUCAAACCGUAGAAUGUACCAAAAAUGGUACACUAGCACUGAAUUCCUCUUCUGAAUCUGAUGCCUCUCUAAAUCUGCUGAAUGGAUCUUUUGACCAAACAAUAACUACUUCAGUACUCUACAAAGAACUCCUUGACAAUGAGAAGAAAAACUUCCAGCUGAUUAAUGCUGCGGUUUCUAAUCUUGGUGGUAUUCCAGCUAUGAUCCACCAUUUAGAUAUGUCUAAUACAAUCCCUGAUGAGAAGGUAGUUAUCGCCUAUGUGUCAUUUUUGUGUUCACGACUUCUAGAUCUUUGUAAGGAAAUUCGAGCAGCACGACUUAUUCAGUCUGUAUGGAGGGAACACAGAUUGAAAAAAAAGCUUGCUCAGACCAUCAAGCAGAAGUCUGAUGCAACGGUUAUAAUUCAGAAGCACUGGAGAAGGUACUUGGUUCAGAGAGAACUUCAGAAACUAAAAAAAAGGGCAAAGCAAGAAGCUGAAAAAGUGGCUUCUGUAGUCAUUCAGACUUAUUGGAGAAGAUAUUGUGCAAGAAGAAAAUACUUGCAGCUGCGGCACUGUGCAAUCCUCCUGCAAGCAAGGAUAAGAAUGUUGCUUGCUGUUGCUGCUUAUAAAAAAGUUUGCUGGGCUGUCCUCACAAUUCAGAAGCGCCUCCGAGCUACUUUAAGAGCAAAAGAUGAUGGCCAGAAUUAUCAAAAGUUGAAGCACUCCGCACUUGUGAUUCAGUCUGCGUUCAGAAGAUGGAAGUGCCGCAAAAUGAAACACAAAAUUGAAGCUGAGAUGCUGUUGCAAACAACGGAAUUGGCAAAGGAGGAGAGAGCUGCACUUGCAAUUCAGUCAUGGUACAGGAUGAGCAGAGACCGAAAGAAUUAUUUACGUAUCAGACAAAAUGUUAUCAAGAUUCAAUCCUUUUUCAGAUGUAUUAAAGCUAAACUCAUUUAUAAGGAGAAGAGAAUGUGUGUGCUGACCAUUCAGAAGUAUUACAGAACUUACCGACUGGGAAAAAUGGAAAGGGAAAUAUAUUUGCAAAAGUGUGCAGCAGCUGUAUGUCUUCAGUCUGCUUUUAGAAGAAUGAAAGUCCGUUUAUUAUAUCGGCAAAUAAGAGCUGCCUGUGUCUUUCAGUCCCUUUGGAGAAUGAGACAAGAGAGACGAUCGUUUCUGCAUCUGAAACACUCUGUUAUCGUAGUACAGUCAUAUGUGAGAAAGCACCAACAGCUUAAAAAGUACAAAGCGAUUAAAAGUGCUGUCUCGAUAAUUCAAGCCCGAUACAGAGCGCACAUAGCUUGUAAAAAAGCUGUUUCCUCUUACCAGCACCUGCACUGUGCUGCUGUCGUUCUGCAGUCUGCAUUUAGAGCCAAGCAAGCCAGGAAGGAAGCCAACAUGCUGAAGCCUGUAAUAAAGAUUCAGGCAUGUUUUCGUGCUUAUGUUGUCCGGAAAAGAUGUCUAAACUUAAAACUUGCUGUUGUGAAAAUUCAGUCUUUCAUAAAGAUGAAAGCAGCACGUAAAUAUUACUGUGCAUUAAGGGAAGCAACCAGGUAUGUCCAGCGAAGAUACCGCUCCCGAAAACAUGCUUUGCAGUUACAAGGAGAAUAUAGGAAACUGAGGAGUACUUGUAUACUCCUCCAAGCUGUUGUACGGGGAAACCUUGUCAGGAAAAGGAUCAGAAUGUGGCAGGAGGCUGCAGUUGUACUUCAGGCUUGGUACCGAAUGACAAGAGAGAGGCGCCACUUUCUGAGGAUACGUGGGGCUACUGUGCUUAUUCAGUUAUAUUUCCGUCAGUACAGAGAGCAACGCUCUCAGAGGCAGAAGCUCUUGCAAGUAAAAAAGGCAGCUAUCUGUUUGCAAGCAGCCUACAGAGGAUAUAGGCUACGCAAAACACUUAAAUGUCAAAACAUGGCAGCUGUUACGAUCCAGGCUGCAUUCAGGGCUCAUGCUGCAAGGAUGAAAUACCAAGCCAUGAUUCAAGCUUCGCUUGUGAUUCAGAGAUGGUACAGGGCUUCCAAAAUGGGCUCCAAAAUCAGAAAGAAGUUCUUGAAAACCAAAACGGCCGUGACAGCUUUGCAAGCAGCUUCUCGUGGAUGGCAAGUAAGGAAAUGGAUUCGAGAGCAACAUGCUGCGGCAACCAUUGUACAAGCUGCUUUUAGAAGGUACAAGGCUCUACAAAGGUUCAGGAUGAUGAGAGAAGCUGCUCUGACCAUUCAGCAGUAUUAUAGGGCCAGGGUUGCAGGUAGGAAGCAACGGCACGGAUAUGUUGUGCUCCGGAACUGCAUUGUACAACUCCAGGCGGCUUGGAGAGGGAGCAUUGUGCGGAAGCAAAUACAAAUACAGCACAGGGCUGCAGUGGUGAUACAGUCCUACUACAGGAUGCACAUUGGUCGACAAAAAUUUCAGUGUUUCAAAGGAGCUGCUGUUACAAUUCAGAAGUGGUAUCGUGCUGUUGUACUAGCCAGCUGCCGAAAACAGGAAUACCUUGCUUUAAAGAAAGCGACUGUCAAAAUGCAGGCAAUUUACAGAGGUGUGAGACUGAGGAGAAAAAUUCAGCGUAUGCACAAAGCAGCUGUUUGUAUCCAAGCUAAGUUUAAGAUGCAUCGGAGUAAGGUGGGCUAUCAGGCGAUGAAAUGGGCAGCCACUAUAAUUCAGAGACGAUACAGAGCUUUUUCCAGAGGAAGAAAGGAACAGCAAAAGUAUAUAGAGCUAAGAAAAUCUGCUUUCAUUCUUCAGGCGGCCUACAGAGGCAUGAAAGCAAGGCAGGAGCUAAAAACCCGGCACCAGUCUGCAACCGCCAUUCAAUCGUUUUAUCGGAUGUACAAGCAACGGAAAUCUUUCCAAAAGCUCACUGCAGCAACAAAAUUGAUUCAGCAGUGGUAUCGUCAUUGCAGAGAUCGCAAUGCACAGCUGCACAGAUACAGGCAGAUGUGGAUUGCCACCCUCCAAAUCCAGUCUGCGUUCCGAGGCAUGAAGACAAGGCACCGCUUGAAAAAGAUGCAUGUGGCUGCCACCACCAUUCAAAGACGAUUUAGAACUUAUUUCCAGAGGCAACGUUUCAUUUAUCUUAAGGCAGCAACUGUAACGAUUCAGAGGCAGUACCGAGCAACAGUCCUUUCAAAACAGCAGCGUGUAGAAUAUCUUUGUCUCCGUAAAGCUGCCAUCACAAUGCAGUCUACCUUUAGAGGCCUGUUGGCCAGGAAAUGUAUGAGGCGAAUGCAGGCGGCUGCUACAAGCAUCCAGGCUGUCUUUAGAAUGCAUGUAGUGUAUACUGACUACUGUGCUAUGAAGCUUGCUUCUGUCACAAUACAGCAGCAUUACAGAGCAUACCGAGAGACUAAACGGGUGAGAGAAAUGUACCUAAAACAUUGCCACUCUGCUUUAGUUCUUCAGGCUGCCUAUAGAGGAAUGAAAACACGGUGCCUCUUGAAGAAACAACAGGACUCUGCAAAAGUCAUACAAAGUGCUUAUCGAAGGUACAGGCAACAAAGUUCCUCCAAAAAAAUGCAGUGGGCAGCCAGAGUUAUACAGGGAAGGUUCAGAGCCAAUAAGCUGAGGGAAACUGCUGUCCAGCACUAUUCCUCUGUCAGGAGAGCCACCAUUUGCAUUCAGAAGGCUUUUCGUAAAAUGAGGACAAGGCAAUGUCAAAAAAGGCACUUAGCUGCUAUCGUGCUUCAGCGGAGUUUUAAAAUGCAGAGAGACCGUAGAAAGUACCUUGCAGUUAAGGCAGCUGCUGUGAUGAUCCAGAAACGCUAUAGAGCAUUGCUUUUGGCCAGAAGGCAAGCUCAAGAAUACCUUUCUCUCCGCACAGCAGUUAUUUGUGUGCAGUCUUUCUACAGAGGCUUUAAAAUAAGACGGGCAGUUCGGCACAUGCAUUCCGCAGCAAGACUAAUCCAGGCAGCAUUUAGAAUGCAUAGGGCUAGGCUGUCCUUCAAGAGGCUGAGAAAAGCUGCUGUCACUAUUCAGUGGCAUUACCGAUCUUACCAAAAAGGGAAACUUCAGCAAAAUGCCUACCUGGCGAUUCGGCUGUCUGCUCUAACAAUUCAGGCAGCGUAUAGGGGUAUGAAAGUACGGCAAGAACUGAAAGCCAUGCAUGCCACGGCAACUGCCAUCCAGGCUCUUUAUCGUAUGCGUGUGCAGCGCAAACAUUACAAACGGAUACGCUGGGCUGUGCUAACUCUUCAGUCUGCCUAUCGUGGAAUGGUAGCACGCAAAAGGACAAAGGAAGUGCAUAUACUAAGAGAGAGUCCACCUUGCUUUCAUGAUGCUGUAGAUCACAGAACUGCAGCUGUUGCAGUACAGACUGAAUACCACACCAAAAAAGCCAGAGUGCAGCACCAUAAAUGCGAGGAAACUGCCCUUUUAACACAACAGCAUGAUCUAUCUAUCUUGGCAAUGAAAUAUCAAGAAACAACUUAUCUGCAAACACUGAAGAGCGUCGUCAUGAUACAAGCUACAAUCAGGGGCUUCAUUGAGCGUCAAAAGUUCUGCAGACUGAAACAAAGUGCAAUAAAAAUUCAGAGGUGGUAUCGAGCAAAACUUCAAAGGAGGAGAUACCUACAAUAUCGUAAAAAUACUAUUAAAAUACAGAGAAUGGUGAGGAGAUGGAUCAGUUGCAGAAAUGUAGCUGUAGCUGCAGUUCAGGAAGAUAAGAGACAAGAAACCCUAAUCAAUGGGAUAACUAAAUUUCAGGCAUUGUGGAGAGGAUAUCUAUGGAGAAAGAAGACUGAUACUGUAGAAACGAAAGCUCUGCGAGAUAGUUUGCUGAUUGCUAAUCAGGAGAGCAAAGAAGAAAAGAAGUUGUGUAACAGAACUGCACUUGCCAUUGAUCGCCUUCUCAAAUACAAACACUUUUCUUAUAUUCUGGCAGCUUUGAAAGACUUGGAGGUUGUAACCAGGCUUUCUCCUGUUUGUUGUGAAUCUAUGGCCCAGAGUGAAGCCAUCUCCACUAUCUUCACUUUGAUAAGGAGUUGCAAUCGCAGUAUCCCAUGUAUGGAUGUUAUUAGAUACUCUGUCCAAGUCCUGCUUAAUUUGUCAAAGUAUGAAAAGACUAUUCAAGCUGUCUAUGCAGUGGAAAAUUCUGUAGAUACUAUAUUGGCCCUACUUCAGAUGUACAGAGAGCGAGCUGGUGACAAAACUUCAGAGAAAGGUGGAAGCAUUUUUACCAAGACAUGUUACCUGUUGGCGCUCUCCUCAAAGGAUUCAAGAACAGCCUCUGACAUCCGAGACAGCCCUCGAGUAGUUGCUCGCCUUCAGAGACUGUUUAAACUCACGGCUCGUAAGCAGCAAAUAGACGCCCAAAGAAUGGUUGCCAAAAGGAAGACAGAAGCAUACAUAAAUGGGCAUGUCUGUGUCCCAAUAAUUCCUGUAAAAACAAACAUAGUUUCAAGACAGAGGCCAGACUGGGUUUUAAGGAAAGAUAAUAUGCAAGAGAUCGUUGAGCCACUGCAAGCAAUUCAGAUGGUAAUGGAUACACUUGGCAUUUCUUACUCCUAAGGAUGAACAAAGUCUGGAUUUUUUUAUUUUAAAAAGCAUGUCUGUUUCCAAAGGCAAAAGGAUUUGGCAGCAUCUGGUGUCAAUUGCACAUUAUGUAAAGUCCCUUUAUAUAUAUAUUGGAUAUAUAUUGGAGAUAUAUAUAUAUAUCCAAUCUCUAUCAGUUUUUUAAUAAUAUCGGAUAAUAUCUUAAGCUGUAUUGCAAAAAUAUGCUAACUCAGCUGAUAAUUGGCGGGGGUGGGUGGGCUUUUGUAUUGAACUCAAAUAUUUCUUUAGAUAUGACUUGUAACAGAAAAAUUGUAUACUGUUUAUGCAAUAAAAUGGCUAUAAAUAUAGCUUUAAGACUCUGAAUUCAUUGCUGUCGUGUGUGUGUCUGCAUAAAUAUCUGGGUGUUUCACUGCAGAAAAGCAAAUUAUUGGAUUUUCUGUGUAUUGUUGGUUCUAAAGUUUGGGGUGCGCUCAGCUGUCAAAUUGGCAUCAGUGGAAGAUAGGCAGCAGCAGCAGCAUCCAUCAUGAUUAGAGAAACAAACAGGUGUGUGAAAAAGAGCACACUUGUAUACAAAUAUAUUAAAUAAAUCAUAGAGUGAAUGGGAAUCAUUGACUUUCCUAGGUUGUUAUGCCACAUACUUUGACAGUGUGCAGAGGCUUUUGGAAACUAUCUGCAGUCUCUUUCCCACAGGCCAUUAUAACCCUAUUUUAUCUCUGAUCCUUCUGCAAUAGCCAACAGAUCUGUGGUCAUUUUCAGUUGUGAUUAACACUAAGGCUAAAAAUGUCUCUAAAAGACUACUGGAAUUCCUGAUUGUAAAAAGAGCCUGUGCUAUAUAGGUGUUGUAUGUUGCCUGUCUCUGUUUCUGGGGAAUCAUCUUGAAUCAAUAUUAAAUAUUUUGUUUCAUUGG